GAAAUUAUACAAAUUAAUAGAUAGAAUUGCAAUAGAGGGAGAAGGGAAAAGGUGGAGAAAUAGAAUGAGACAGUUGAGGAAUUAACAAGAUGUUUGAAAUUUUAUUUGAAAAUUGUUGAAUAUAGUGCAUUCGGUACAUAUAGAAAAGUAGAAGCUUGAAGAUAAUAAAAAGCUACUGAAAAUUAGUUGAAGUAUUUGAGAUUCUAAGUGGGGUAAAAUCAUAUAUGUAUUUUUUCUGAUGAAAGGAGAGGGAGAAAGUUGUGGCUGGUGUAGGAAACCAGGCCAAAUUUGUGUUCGUUAAGGACUUCAAGACCAAGAUGACAAUGACUCUGUCAGAAUGGAGGUGAAGAGUCUCAAUGCAAUAAGGAUCGCUCUCAAGAAUCUCCAAGACUAGCUCAAUAUUUUUUCAUGAGAAAUAGCCAAGGGAGUUCUUUAGCAGAAAGAUCACAUAAAUUCACUUUCUGAGUUGAUCAUGUUGGCAUUGCUUCUUUGAUUUGAUGAAGAAGCCGUUGGUUUUUGAAGUUAAGGAAUUUGCAAGUAUUUUUGGAGGACAAGUUUCUUUUAGCAGCCUAGGCAUGGUGAGCACAGCUAAUAUUCGUUGUGAUUGUGAGUCUAAUACUAUGGUCUUUUCGUCUACUGGUAAUUUGAUCCUUGAAACAACUACCUUGAGAAAUCUUGUUCAGAAUUUGAGUGAGGUGAGAGAACUUGAGUUUCGUGGAGUGAACAUGGCAUCUGUUAAUCCUCGUUUCUUCAUGAAUCUCUCUUCUUCUUUGACUACUCUUAAUCUUCGUUAUUGUCAGUUAAGAGGAAACUUUCCAAACAGUAUUUUUCGCUUUCCAAAUCUCAAAAUUUUUUAUUUAAGUGGACCUUUAGGAAAGCGAAACCUCACUAUUGAUCUUCCAAGUUCCAAUUGGAGCAGUCCUCUCCAACAGUUGUAUUUAGAGGAUAUGGAUUGCGGAAGGCGAUUGCCAGAGUCUAUAGGAGAUCUAAAGUCAUUACAGUCUCUGAGUCUUUUUCACUGCAACUUGGAAGGUUCCAUUCCAACUUCCAUAGGGAACUUAUCUGAACUUACCUCUCUUGAACUUUCCAGUAAUCAGUUUUCUGGUCCCAUUCUAGCUUCCAUAGAACUGGACAUGUUCUCGGUGCUUCAAAAUUUGGAAACCAUCUUUCUUUCAGACAAUAAUCUGUCCUUGAGAAUGAAUGUCAAUGCCAACUUCACAUUACCCAAACUAAUUGAUGUUUCCUUUUCUUCUUGUAACUUGAGUGAAUUCCCCAAUUUCAUAAGACAUUCAAAUGGUCUACAAAGCCUAGUGCUAUCCAAAAAUAGCAUUCAUGGCAAUAUUCUUAAAUGGAUAUGUGAAAAUGAUCUCAUGAUUCUUGACCUCUCUCAUAACAAUUUAAGCGGGAAGAUUCCAAAUUGUCUUCCUAAGUUUCUCUCAGUGUUGAAUUUGCAGGGCAAUAAUUUUGAUGGAAAUAUACCAUUUGGGUUUCCAGAGGGCUGUGGAUUAAUAAAUCUCAACUUGCAUGGAAAUCAAAUGAAUGGCUUAUUACCUAGGUCUUUGGUGAAUUGUCGCAUUUUACAGGUUCUAGACGUUGGCAACAACAACAUAAGUGAUACAUUCCCUCAGUGGUUGGAAUCUCUACUACAGCUUCAAGUUCUUGUCUUAAGGGCCAACAAGUUUCACGGUUUCGUGCAUAGCACCAAAGAAGUCUCCAGCUGUUUCAAUCCGUCCAUUUUGGUGGAAUUUACAGUUCAUUUGAGAUCGUUAAGCGUAGAAAGCAAUCAUCUGGGUGGUGACCAAGGUGAGGAUUUAGGCCUGGAUUUGGAGUCUCUGAAGAUUUUGCUGAAGCGGGGAGUCUUUAUUGGGGCAAUGCUUUAUUGUCUUUUGGUUUUCGCGUGCAAGAGAGUGCUCGCGGUGGAGAGAGUGGUGAAUGUAGGGUACGGAGUGAUUGAGCGGUGGGCAUUGCUGUUGAGGAAUGCGUGGUCUAAGGUUUCUAUGGUUCUUAAGAUUUUCAAAGAGCAAGGUGUGAUUCUGACUGCACUUUUAGGUUUAUCUGCAUUCUUCUCAAUGGCAGAGACUUCAAUAACUACACCGUGGCCAUGUAAGGUUUGCUUUCUUUGUUUGAAGAUUGAUCAAUAACUACACCGGCCUACUUUGUGCCUGGACUCAUUUACUGACUCAUUAUCUUUUUGCUGCAACAAACUGAUUUGGGAUGAACAAUGUCUUUUUUCACUACUUUAGGACUAAUUCACUGUUUUAUCAUCUCUUUGGUGUGACAAGUUGUUGAACUUUCUAUAGUUUUUUAUGAUGUAUUUAUGUUGCAAUGUGAAUUUGCAUGGCAAAUCAAUGAAACUACUAGGUUGUU